ACUUCACAACUUUCGUUUUGAUCAUGGUUGAAAGUGUCAAAAGUGCAGUAAGGAGACCGAAGUGACUUGAUUAGGAAUAUAUUUGUUAAAUACAAAAGUGUGUGCAUGUUGGCGAUGUUUUUUUAAAUGCCGUGUAUGAAUGGCAUGGCAGUGUACUCUCGGACUAGCUGCAAACUUCAGCACAAGGGCAACGAGCACUCGUUCUCCCGAGGAGGCCUUCCUAUAACAAUAUAGUACAUAUUAGUGAUAAAGUACAAUAGAGUCGGUGGAUGCUUCUCAUGUAAUACUUGAAAAUGGAAAAUAUUAUGACCAAUGUUUUAAUUGCUGGGCUCCCAGCGUGUGCCAUAUAUUUUCUUUACGCCAACAUUUAUUGCUCUUAUAAACUACUGAAAGCUAAUGUGGUGUUUGACAGUCGUCAGAGCAUUCCAAGUUUUGCCUACGUUUUUCUCAGAUAUGUAUUCAGAGCUCUUAUCAAAAGACAGGGGCAUUUGUACUUUUGCGAUAGAGAUGUCGAAGGUGAAGUUGCCUUCACCAUCUUUAACUGCAGGUAAACUGAUUGCGCUUGACAAUGUAGCAGUCCAAUUUGUUUUAGUGCUAUGGUUUGAUUUUAUUAUAAUUUCAAACAACACUGCCUUACAAAGAUGGUUGUUUAUUUGUUCACAUUUGGACCAAUUAUCUCCUAUGUGCUGUACUUCUUUCUCUCUAAGGUUUAACAAGGAUCAACUGAGGAGGUUCUGUAGUGCAGCUGGAUAUGGCUGGGACUACCCAGACAUUGAGUUCAGGGAUAUCCCUCUGUGUUACCCAGACACCCUCUGUCUGCGGAUGCUUGACAUAUUAAUAUCUGCUGAGAAGUUCAGAUUGAGCCCUCUGGGUCUAGUCCGGGUACGUCAGAGUUUGAGAACAUGGCAGCCGAUAGAUGAGCUGAAGAAGGGACCCUUCAAGUUGCAGGCUCGUGUGUUAGAGUACAGGGUUGUUGAAGAUGGGGUGGAGGUUGACAUUUCUUUAACUGCCAUUUCACACACUGACCAGCCAGUAUGGGAGAGUGUUUUGACAAUGCUCUCCCAGGACAGAGGCCGAACACCAAACACACAACCUAAACCUGAGUGGUAUGAUGGUCACAUGGACACAUCAGAGCUAGAUGACGUGAAGGCGGUAGAUAUCAAUGUUCCCUGGACUACAGGACUGAAGUUUGUGUGGGCUUUCUCUGACUACUCUCCACGUUGUCUCCUAACUCUUCCUGCUAAACUCUUGGGCUGCAGAUGUACCCCAACUCCUAGUCUAUGGAUGCUGUCUAAAUGCUUGGCUGAAAUUGAAAAGCACAAAGGAGUUGAUGCCAUUAGAGCCCCCAUCUCUGUCACCGCCCAGUUCAAGGAACCAUUGUUGGUACCAGGAAAAGUGACCAUCAAAUUUUGUGAGAGUGCGGGAGUGCAGUCCAAAUGUGUUAGCUUCCAAAUGGACCAAUAUGAGAGGAAGAUACCUCACAUCACGGGACAAAUCUGCAGGACUACUGUAGAGGAUGUGAAUUAAAGAUGAAAAAGGCGCCAAUGGCCACACCAGCACCGUUAUUGUUUUUGUUGCAGAGAUGAGGAGCAUCACGUAGCAUGAAGCACCAUAAGCUACAGUACCAGGCAUAUGCUGAUGCAGACAAGGUCCCUACAGGGAAUGGAGACUUGAAUAUUUGAUCUGUUUGAUAUUCUUGUUCCUUGCCUUCAUUUAAAUGAAGGUAUUUUCUCUUGUAUUACUCAUUGUAAAAUGGAGUUGUAGGCAGGAAAUAUCAAGAGGAACAUAAACAGUAUUGUUCACUGAAAUGCUUUGUAGAGAUCCAUGAAUUAAACUAUACCUUAAGUUUAAUGUCAGUAUUUACAUAUUUCUGCCAAACUUCAAAGAGUGGUGAUUAGAUUCUGCCUAGGAGUAAAAUGUUAAAUAAAUAUUACUAAAAUGAAUUGUAGUUUCAGUUCAUGUGGUGAAAAAAUGAUCUUUAUUGUGAGUGGAUUAGGUGAAGUAAUAUUAUGAUAUUGUUUGCAUGCCCAUAGAGAUGUAUGUAAUUCUGCAUUUGUAGAGUUGGAAAUUCAAUUUUAUGUAACCUUAAAUCAUGUGAUCAGAAGCCCGGAUCUCUCCGGCCUUACUGUAUACGGUGGUUGUGUAAUCAAAAGAGCAUCCCGUGACUGCCUCUCAUUGCACAGAGAGUAUAUGUGUUUUUUCCAGUAUUUGAGGGAAGGAGAGGGGAUUAGGUUGUGAAGAAAAGCAUCCGUUAGUAGACCUUCAUACCACCGAAUAACUGAACAGCACCUGACAAUAUUUAGUCUGACUGCCCACUGAUGAAAUCCUGCCAAUACAUCCCACAUGUGAUUUACAUUACUGUAACCCCCUAACAUUUUGAAGAAGGAAGACUGCACAACAGAGGACUACACAACUUUUGGUAAAACAUUUUUGUUUUAUUAAGUUUGCCUGCAGCUCUUGCACAUGCUGGAAACAUUGCUCUGUGAUUGUUGUUGAAUAUGACUGAGGAUCAGAAAAUCAAACAUAACUUUAUGGUAGUGAACCUAAAGGCAUGUUUUGUCUUACAUCUUAGUAUGCUGUGUAGCAAAGCUUUGAAUACUCAUACUUAUAUUUUUUUGUUGCAAUGAUAUCACACCUAAUUUUCUUGUUCCUCACUCAGUGACCACAAAGCAGCAUUUACAUCUCUCAUCCAUCAUUGUGCAGAGACAGAUGAAUGGAUUCUUGAACUAUUCAAGGACAUAUGAACAUGACAAUCCAGUAUUUUAAAGUGCAGCACACCUCAGAGAGGUGCAUGAAGAAAAAUGAAAAGUAAGACCAGCGCCAUCCACCUCUCCUCUCCAGUGGUGAAGGGCCAGAGGAAGCUUGAUGGAAGCAGCUUGACAGUUUACAAUGAGGGCGUGAAGGUGGUGUAUGAGGUCGACCCUGGUGAUGUCUGCACCAUGGAGAAUGGUGCCCACUCCCAGAGACAAGGUCUGUGCAAGGUCACCAGCAGAGGAAGGAAACGUGCCCUCUCCAUCAGGUGUUGUCACCAACGGCAGGAGACAGAAAGACCUACAGGACCAGAAAGCUGGAAAUAACAGUAACUCCAUGUUGAUGUGUAAUGCCUCCAUUAGCCAGCCCUGCUCUGGGCCUGAGGACAACUCAACAGAGGCACACAAGACUUUAACAGUGACUUCAGCUACGAUCUUUGUGGAUGCACACACCAUCGAUGAGUCGUCGGAGACGCACAGCCUUUUGGGUGUAAUGGAGGUACACAUUAAGGAGUUUGUCCUCAUUGAUGAUGAUGAUGACAGUGGCAUGUCCCUAAGAGAGAAGACUGUCACUGACAUGUCCAUCAUGGAUGUUAACGCUGCAGACCUGGUCUGUGGCAGACUACCGUCCAUCACUACUGACACGUCCUCUGAGUGUAAAGAGGAGAGUCUGGCCCCGGUACCUCCACCCCCUGCACUGACACUAAAAAGCAGUCCUGCUGCUUCUUUUCCAUUCAAUGAUCAUUCUAUCUGUUCCUUUUUAUGACCAUUUCAUCAAUUCACACUGUAACAGAGGCAGAGCACAAACUAGUUAUUUUUAGGUUUUGUAAUUUUGUGUUACCAUCGGGGGGGACUUUUUGACCUUCCUGAAUCAAUCACUAUUGCCUUCAAAAGCUGCCCACUAUUCUGCACAAAAUAAGUGUAUUGGUUUUAAAUGAUGGUUAUUUGUCAUGUUGUCAUGUCUCACUUACAGUAUGUGUCACUGCAAAGUCUUUUUGCAUUCUUUAUAGUUUUGGGUAAUAUAGUAGUAAAGGUGCAUAGUAAAUAAUCUGCAUUUCUCACAGUAACUUUGAAUACUUUGAAUGCUUCUUGAAUCGAACACUGUUAUCUGAAUGAUAUGUUCUCUGCACAGAAAGGCCUUGAGUGAUCAGGUGUUGAUUUCUAUUCAUGUUCCAUUCGUGUUCUGCUUUCUCUUCUUCACUUCAGAUAAACUUUUCUUACUUGAAUUGUAUGUACAAAUCUUUGUCCUUUGUUUAUCGUACAAUUAAUAAACUUCACAUUUUUAGAAUUUCUAAAUAUUAUUUUCAAAUGUUAAGUAAUCAGAAAUCUGAAAAGUAAUCAGAAAUAUAGCUGCGAGCAGCAAUAAACGGGGUUCACAGGAUGACAAAGGACGCAAGAUCAGUUGGAUAACAAAGCAAGCACUCUAUCAUGUAGGAUCUAUCUACCUUUUAUGUCCAAUUAGUGAUAGCAUUACCAUGUUUAUCUCUCAAUACCACAAGGAUGUGAAGUUUAGUAUUGUGCUCUAGGUUGGUUAUCUUUGAAUGCAACAAGUAAUCAUUAUUAAAAUCAUUACUUAAUGUAUAUAUUUAUAUAUACAUUGACUGGGCAAACAGCAGGAAUUCUGGUUUCUCUUUUUCGCAAAUAAAAUAUCCACUCAGA